CCAAAUACGGUCGUCCCCCUGUAGCGCGUUUGAGAUGAAGGAAUAACCCUAGACACAGUAACGCCGCCGCCUCAUGAAAACGUCGCCGCAAACAUAGCAAUCGUAGGUUUGGAGCAAAAUUUACGGUUCCGAUUCCAUUUCACGUCUUCGCCUUAAAGGCUUGAUUUUGAUUUUCCUACAAUAUGGAAUUCCAUGAAGGAAUGGAUCUUGAUUUAGGGUCUUCAGGGAUCGAUGGUGUUGAUUCAGAGUCUCUUGGGAUGAAUGGCAUGUCAGGGUAUCCAUCAAAGAAACUGAAAACUGGUGAGGAGCAAGUAAACUUUGACAAAAUGCCCUUGUUGUCCUGCAUCUGUAAGAUGGAUUACCUUCUUCGAACUUUUGGGGAGAAGGUGAAAUUUGACCAGGAAACGGUUUCUGGCAAAUACAUCCUCUUUUACUGUUUCUUCUAUCAACUUCCUCCAGUCGAUGUGAAGCAAAUGUACUCCCCUAUGGAUCUCUUUAAGCUAUGUGCUGAUCUGUAUUCUGUCCGAGACAAUUUUGAGAUGGUAUUUGUUCCAAAGCCCGGUGUAGAAGACAAAUGUGACUUAUGUUUGAAAGCAUUCUUCUCUUUUGUUCCCACUUACUCUCUUGUUGUACCAGCCAAGGAGUCACAUCGUCGUAACUUCAUGUGUGACUGCCUCGGCUUGGUUUAUCCGGGUACUUUUAAGUGCGUCCUUGUGAAUGUCAAGAAGGGCAUUCUGGUCCAUGGAGGUUUUGACUCCAUGUUGCAUCUAAUAGGGCAUCUUCAGAAACUCAAGAAAGAGAGUUCAUUCGACUGCCUGCGCUCUUAUGAGAGGAUUUUAAAAACACUAUGGCCUGUGAUUCCCAAAGAGCAGAACAAUCCCUUCCCACCUUUACAAGCAUGUCCUAUAGCCUAUAAAUUGAUGGGUCUGAAACUUGAAUAUGGAGAUCAUAUCAAUGAGAUGGUUUCUGAAUCAAAAAAGUUGUCUCCCAUCAAGAUUGGUCAGUCUUUUGAUGCUAUCUCCUUUUUGUCUGGUAAGGAUGAUAUGAAUUACCUUUUUCGUAAUGAUGGUAAGACCGGGAGAGUUGAAAUUGGUAAGCAGACAUUUAGUGGAAAAUACAUUCUGGUCUGUUGUUUUCACUUGCCUGUCUUCCGCCAAGAGUUUAAUGCACGCCGUGCCCAGGCUUUAGCAACUGCAUGCUCCGAGCUGUAUUCCUCGAGAAGUGACUUUGAGAUGGUAGUAGUUGCUAAGAUGAACCAAUUGGCAAAUCACGAGGUGUUUUUCGAUCAUUUCAUGUCGGGAUUCCCCCCUUCAUGUCUAGUGGUACCAUUCCAGCACUCAGAGCACCGUGAUUUUAUAUGCAAAUACCUUGACCUCGAGCAUCUGAAUGUGAUGAUAUAAAAUGUCUCAUUUUAGACAAGGAUACGGAUAUCAAGAGAAACAUUUUGUAUUGUGAAUAUCCCUACUUUGCCCUUGACCAUGGUGCCGAUGCGUUUCCCUUCACUGACAAGAAAUUGCAGGAGGUUAGCGCAAACGACCACCUGUGGGGGGAUGAUGGUCAUAUUCUACCAUCCAAGCUUGAAGAUCUCUUAGGGUGCAGUCCGUCUGAUGUUCUUAAUAAGACUGUUUCGCCAGGCGUCCAUGAGAAGGUGACUAUCUUGGAACUCAGCAGUAAGGUUGUCGGGGUGUACGCAUGCAUUAGAGGACAUCUCAUUCCCACUCUAGGGAAGGUCUAUCAACAAUGCAGAGCUCAAGGGCUAGAUUUUGAAAUAGUGCUGGUCUAUGUACCCUGGAUUGCUGAUAGUCUUGACCCAGAGGUCCACAUAGCAAAUAUCGAGAGUGUGUUGCUGGAGUGGAACAUAUCGUGGUGUUGGUUUCCCCCAUGUUUUGACGGGCAAAACAAGCGCUUCAACAGCUCUGUAAGCUGCAGGUUCAGGCGAUGUACAGAAUGGAACCACACAGAUCAUAUCAUCAUCGUGGGACCGCACGGUGCAUUUGUCGAACCUCACGGAGCAGAAUUCAUGAGCGUGUGUGGGAUUGAUGCGUAUCCGUUUGGCAGGGACGGCAUUAUUGAAAUGAAAAUGAAGAAGUUCGAGGAGCUCACCUUGGAGACAUUGUUGGAGUAUGGGCCAAGGAAACAUGUUUAUAAAGACAAGAAGAAGAUACCUGUGAGUGAACUCACAGGAAAGAAAACUCUUCUUUACCUUGACAAUCUUGGUGACUUUGGCCUUUCUUUUCAAGUGAAACAAUGGUACUUUGAGAUCAAGCAGUAUCUUAAUCCUGAUGUCCAGCUGGUCCUCGUACGCCGACACGACUAUCCUGUAAUGGGAGAUGAGGCUGAUUUGUUAGUAUCUGAAACUGCUCCUUUUUGGUACGUGUGCCCCUUUGACCCUCGGCACUCGACAUGGCUGGAGGAGGAACUUUUCAAAGGGGGUUUGCAAAACAAUGCCAUCGUUGCAUUCGGAACAGAUGGCCGGGUUUGUUCAUUGGAAGCAUUGAGCCGUUUGUGGUUUUUUGGACCCAAAGGUCUCGAGUUUGAUAAAUCUGAGCUGCGUCAAAAUGUCCUUGACGAGUUGAGAUCCCAGGGGAGGACGAUGUGUGCUUGGCCAGGUCCUAUGGAACGUUUUAAUUUAAGCUCUUAAGGUUUUAUUUUCUUGAAAUCGGCUUGCUUAACUAGCAUUAUUUAUGUACUAAUUUCCAACCUUUCUCAAGUAUGAUGAUGGUGAAAAACUGUGUGCUUUCAUUAUUUUUUGUGUGUUACGUAUAUGACAAUGUUGUGUGCUUAAGUGCGUUCCCUUCCUUCAUUGUGUCAUUAUAAUACAAUUUUAUGUAUGGA